AUGGCGGACACUGCCUCGAAGCAUCGAGCUGAGUUUGCCUUUGCUCAGCUUGAGAACGAGAGAUCUCUGACAUCUCUUCGUGACGAGCUAAGGGUAGCUCGUGGGAUUGUUGAUCGGUCUCGGGAUGAGAUAGCUGCUCUUCAGACCCUUGUUGAUGCCCACCAUCGGGAGCACAAGGCUCUCUGCGAGAUGCUUGAGCGCAAGGGCGUUCUUCAUAGAAAGAAGCUGCGUACUGGUGGUACGGCUUAA